GCUUCCGCGAGCAACCUAUAUUAAAAUAAAAAAAAAAAUCCACACUUUCCUACUAAAUAUAACCCAAAAAGGGAUCCGAAACCCACCCACAAAGCAUAGCAUAUAGAAACAACUGAUCAGUAUGUCCGCUAGAAUCCUGGAAGACUCGCCCAAUGCGCGCAUCAAUAAGACCAUCUUGGAUCGGUAUCUGGCGUUGCCAUUGCAGGAGAAUGUUGUCCAGGCCACAUACGUGUGGAUCGAUGGCACCGGCGAGGAUCUACGCUGCAAGGAUCGCACCCUAGACUUUAUUCCAUCGAGUCCAAAGGAAUUGCCCGUUUGGAAUUACGAUGGCAGCUCUUGUUAUCAGGCCGAGGGCUCAAAUUCGGACACCUAUCUAUAUCCAGUGGCCAUCUACAAGGAUCCCUUCCGCCGUGGCAACAACAUUCUGGUCAUGUGCGAUACCUACAAAUUCGAUGGCACUCCCACCGAUACCAACAAGCGCAAGACCUGCCUGGAGGUGGCCAACAAGUGUGUAGACGCCGAGCCCUGGUUUGGCAUUGAGCAGGAGUAUACGUUCCUUGACUUCGAUGGCCAUCCAUUGGGUUGGCCCAAGAACGGUUAUCCCGGACCCCAGGGACCCUACUACUGCGGUGUUGGUGCCAAUAAGGUCUAUGCCCGUGACAUUGUGGAUGCUCAUUAUCGUGCCUGCUUGUAUGCUGGCAUCAAGGUGUCCGGCACCAAUGCCGAAGUGAUGCCAGCCCAAUGGGAAUUCCAAGUGGGUCCAUGUGUGGGCAUUUCGAUUGGUGAUGAUCUAUGGAUGGCUCGCUUCCUGUUGCAUCGCAUCUCUGAAGAAUUUGGCAUUGUUGCCACCCUUGAUCCCAAGCCCAUGCCUGGCGAUUGGAACGGCGCUGGUGCCCACACCAAUGUCUCGACAAAGGCCAUGCGCGAGGAUGGCGGCAUUCGUGACAUCGAGAAGGCUGUGGCCAAGCUCUCCAAAUGCCAUGAGCGUCACAUUCGUGCCUACGAUCCCAAACAGGGCCAGGACAAUGCCCGUCGUCUAACUGGCAAGCAUGAGACGAGCUCCAUUACCGAUUUUAGUGCCGGUGUGGCCAAUCGUGGCUGCAGCAUACGCAUCCCACGUGGUGUUAACGAUGACGGCAAGGGCUAUUUCGAGGAUCGUCGACCCAGCUCAAAUUGCGAUCCGUAUUCCGUAGUGGAGGCUAUUCUGCGGACAAUCUGCUUGGACGAGUAGACAUCUCCCAUCCCCCCCACCCCCUAAACGAUUCUCGUUCAGCCUUGUUUCACGCCCCUUGUUGUCUUGUUUAACUGUCACACUGAUCCCGGACCCCCGUAUACCCGUCUCCCCCUUCGAAUCUAACCAGAAGGAGAGACGGCCUAAUCUUAGGCAUUAGCUUUUAGGUUAUCAAACAUUCAAGUUUACCUAACGUAUUUUCCAGAGUUAAACUUUAGGCAGCUGCUCUUUAUCAUAUGCGAUUUUUCUAUAUGAUCCCAAAUAUUUCCCAUACACAUUAUCGACAUACAUAUAUAUACAUAUAUAUAUAAUUUUUUUUUUGUUUUUUUUUUCCCCUGUUAUGCUUAUGCUGUUAUUAUGUUUUAGGCAACAACAAACAAAUCCCAAGAUCGAUAGAUUGAUCCAACCCACCCAUACUACGCAUAUCUAACUGCUAUAUACAUACAUAUAUACACUCCCUGCCCCACCCCCGCGCCCUUUCACGCCACGAAGAACACAAAGAAAAACUCAAAAACAAAGAAAGCAAAAAGACCAAACUUCUAAAACCAAAAUCUAACGAAAGAAAAAAAGAGAGAAAGAAAAAAAAAACCCAUAAUUGGUAAUGAUAUUAAUUAAUUAAUGUUAAUUAUAAACUACAAAUGUAUACAUAUACUCUUUAGUUAAGUAAAUGCACAAAAAAAAAUGUAA